UGUUGUGCGUCAAUCAUAUAGAAGACAAAAUUCAUAUAAUUGACAAUAGAAAACUACCAAAAAAGGUAUCAGUCCAAGAAAAAUAUGAAGAACAACCAAAAAUGAUGUUAAAAGGAUUGGCAGAGUACAUGAAACACCUUGGAUAUCAAGAUGCAAAAAGAAUUGAAGACUACACAGUUGUUUUGGAAAAGAUGAAAUGGCGUAGCAACAAUGACUAUACAAACUGUGGAGUUUACCUUAUGAAGCAUAUGGAAACCUUCACUGCUGAUCCUAAUGAGAGCUGGAUUUGUGAUUUAAAACCAAACAAUGUGGAACAAAUUAGAAAUCUAAGGCUCCAAUACACAGCAGAACUGAUGUUAUUUGAAGAAAACACUGAAUCAAGAGCAAAUAGAAGGAAAGCUAGAAAAUUUGCAACUUUGUAGUUUCAAAUUCUUAUUUACAACUAUGUAUAUGUUCAUUUCUUAUAUAUGACUAUUUUUUUUUUUUUAGAAAUAGACUUAUGGAUUUUAUUUUAAUAUUAUUGUAAUUGAUAUUUCAUUUUAA